AUGUUCAGUACCGAUGGCGGAAAAAGCGAUCCAGUGCGGCUAUUCAAGCUUUGGUUGUCCAAGCGACCCGGAGGAAUGAAGAACACAGGGCCACUCUAUCUUAGCAUCAUAAAUCGUCCUAAAUCAGCAGAUGUUUGGUACACCAAAGUUCGAAUGGGACAAAACACCAUCGGCAAUUUAAUGAAAUCCAUGGCCUCCUGUCUCAAGACGAAUAAGAAGCUGACGAACCACAGCAUGAGGAAAACAUUGGUAUCAAAAGUGAAGAAGUCUGGUCAACCGCGCAAUGUUAUCUGUGAAAUAACAGGCCAUGCACGUGAAUCUUCGUUAGACGACUGCGAUUAA